UGCAGACAUCACAUCACGAUGUAAAACUUCAUGUCGUGUAGGGGACGACCAUUGAUUCUUGUCGUGCUUGUAGUCCUACGGUCAACAUCAAACUCGCUGGAUGCAUCAACGAGAUAUUUAUAACGGAUGAGAUGGCAACAAGGUCUCCUUACCGGUCAUUCGUCGCCGGACGCCCACCAAUUUGAUGUGCACCCUCAGCGUUGGCCAGCGCAGUGAAGAAGGGACCACCGGACGCCUGAAAUAGACGCGUGAGAACGCGAGGGCAGCUCCUGUGUUCUUGCACCGGGCCUGAGGCCAAGAACCAGGCGUCCCGCGCAGUGGUGGAGAAAAGUUUUCAGCAUCAAAGAGGAGCAGCAGGCGGAUCUUCAUCUUCUCAACAAAAAAGAAAACAACCGUGCCGCCUGUCUCACCUGGUUUUUUACCUCAUACGCGCGAGGUCCGGUUGCUUCGCGGCAAAAAAACCAGAUAUACUUAUAAAGCAACCACGAGCUGUUACGGAGACUUCUGCGAGGACCAGAACACUGACAUCUCGUGAAUCUAUCUGAAAAAAAUCGAUCAGGAUGAUCGACAUCGCGAUGGACGAGGAGCGGCUCUGGUCCGCGAAGAUUUUGGGGACGUCCACCCGGGACAAGCCCCAGGCGCAGCAAGCAACGUAUUCCGACGACGUACCGACGUUGCGGGAAGAGAACCGCGAGUUGAAACGGUUGCUGCGCGACCUGGUCCACUUCGACAUCAGCCGGGGAAUCGUCCCGGCGGCCGGCACGGCGAAAGCGGUGAACGGUCCAGACGUGAAGGUGGACAAGUCGAACAUAAGUAAAGACGUGAAAAACAACGGCUUCUACGAGUUACCCCUGCCCAUACAGGCGGAGUUCAUGCUGCUCGACAUGCAAAAGAGGUUCAACGAGGCGUCCACCUACGUGCGAAAGAAUUGCGUGAUCAUGGAGCCAACCUCAACAUCCGCUGGUGGCGGCGCUGCGGGAGCGGAAAAGGAAAAGAAGUCGACGACAAAUCAAACGGUUGAUGUGGUGAAGAAGGUGAUAAGCACAGCGCCGGAGGGGGUCGGGAUCUACCGGAAGUUUCAGUACGACGCUCUGGACUUGACAAGAUUCGACUGGACCAAGACAAAGAUGGAGAAGAAAAAACAAAUCGAGUCGCUCGAUGGUACAACUCUGUUGCAGUACUAGACGAUAAUUUUAUUUUAUGUACUGUGUGGCUUAUUUGUCAUCGUCAUGCAAGCUUAUUAACGCAUUGUAGCUGUAGUUAUGCUUAUGGUAUCGCAAAUUACCAAACAACUUCAGAUGUCCUCGGGCAACUCUCAACGGAUUUGAAGGAUCACGCAGAAACGAAUUCCGAACUAACGAGGGUGAGAAGGUCGAUCAAUCGGAAGAUUUCAAAGCAGCAGAAGGAGGGGUUGCAGUGGAAAAACACCAAGGAGGAAAUGAACAAACAUUUAUCCAUAUUAGAACACUGCUACGAGUACAUUUCCAAUCCGAGUUACAACUUCAUCCGCGAGGGAUCGUCGGAGGCCUACGUUCCGCAAAUCAUUCGGGGGAUGAAAACCACAAUAUCGGAAUUAAUGCGACAAAACCGAGAGCUGGAGCUGAAAUUAGCCUUUGCGGACCGACAGAAGAAAAAACACGUCACGAAAAUAAAAUGUAACUACACUGAAGAUAGGUUUUUAUUUGGAUUUUUUUUCGAUGUGUCUAGUACUGAUUCUGAUAAUAGUACCUGCUUCUCUGGGCGUGGUACGAACUGUUGUCAGCUGAAUCUUCCAUCAUUCUAUGAUACGUGAGCCCCUGCUGCUCCUGCACUUCUACCAAAAAAGAGCGAAAAUAACCUACUUUUCAGCUCUAUACGAGGACGUUGUCCGAGGCUCGAGUUCCUCCAUCGACCCCGAUCGAGAGCAACAGCUCCAGCAAUCCUCGGUUCUAGCGCAGCAAGAAGACAACUUGUCAACAAGUGCCGGGGGUGGCUCGACAUCGAGCAGCAGUUCUUCUUCCAGCACCUCCGACGGGCCUACUGGGUCAACGAGUAGCAAAAAAUUCUCCUUCAACCUGGACGAGUGCAUUUGGCCGGGAUCGAGCAGUUGGCGCGGGCCGAACCUGGACAAAUUAGAGCAGUACGUGCCGAUAACGAGACCGAACGCGAGGGGGAAGCCUGUGCAGUUUUUGCACUUCCUGCUCGCUUGCAACGGGCACUUUCCGUUUGAGUACCUGUUCGCCGUCACGAAGGAGGAUUUGAAGAGCUGCAUCAACUUCCUCGGCUGCGAGUACGUAGAGAACGUUCUCAGGACGAAAGGGCUGGAGUGCGCGUACCAGAACUUACAGGUGCAAUACAUAGAAAAUUAGUGGCUCUCAACUGCUGGCUCUUUGUCUUUCGCUGGUUGAUGACAUAAGCAUUUGGUUUUCAACAAUAAAACCAACGCUAACUUCUAUGCAGCCCCCUCCAUGACUACUUCAAAAAGAAAAUCAGGAGUGCCACGGUUUGAGAUCUUCGUCAACAUCACUCGUUAAUCUCAAAAAAUAAACUGUCGUUUAUCUUCUAACUAUUGUUCUCAAGGCUAUUAGACCUCAAUCUGUAUCAUAUUCCAGGAAACGCGCUUCCUCACGGACAUAAACGCCGCAGUCCGGUAUCUCGUCGCCUCCAUAUCGUGCGUCCUCCGCUGUGACCGGGCGAGCUACUGGAUCGUGGAUACAAACCGGGGCUUUGCGUGGACAAAAUCCGCCGGCGGUGCGGGAAUGGACGAGAUCUGCAUUCCCUUGGACGUGGGUCUCAUCGGGGAGGCAAUAGCACAGCAACGAGCCGUCAACGUGGCCGAUGCGUACAUGCAUCCCAAGUUCAAUAAGGCAAUCGACAUGAGGACUGGGUAAUGCUGCUUUUUUUGUAAAGAUUUUUUCUCCUUAUCCUAAGUAAUCCUUCCUCGACGGAAGUAGACCUGCGUCACACUAAGAAUUAUGACUACCAAAAAAUCAUCAGCCAUCUCGCUCCCCCCCAACAAGAUGUAGAUGAGCUGCAGUGAGUCGGUUGAUGCAUUUUAUCAGGUACCGCACCCGGUCCGUGCUGUGCGUGCCGAUCAUCGUGAAGGGGAAAACUGUCGCGGUAAUUCAGGCCAUCAACAAGCUCUCUACGAUGACGGAGAAUUUGAACGGCAACCCGAUCUUCGACGAACGGGACGUGUUUAUGCUACACGUGCUGGGCUACGGAAUGACGGACGUGGUGUUGUCCUGCGAGGAAAUAGAGCUCGACACGCAGAUUAUUGUAAGGAAAGAUCCCCCCUCUCCGUAUCGAAAAGGUAUGUGUCCGAAAAUUUGUGUUGCUGAUUUGAGGCCACGAAUCGUGUCUGUCUUGCAAGAAGACAAGCGCCGAGGCUUCGUGGCCAAUAUGGAAGCGAUUUGGCAUGCUGUUGCGCCUAGGGGACAGCCGUUUGCAGUGCUAAGCAGCUAGACCCGAGCCGAGCGCCCCUACUUAGGCCGAGGAUCUGGCUACGCUGCCUUACUGCAAGACAAAUCGGAUUUGUGUGCGCAAAUCUAGCAUCAGAAGUUUCGUUUUGAUAUGGAGAGGGGCGGGGAUUUUUCCUGUUGAUACAGAUCAACCGAAGGAAGGACCUGCUGAUAGCCGCGACCGGGGACUUGUUUCUGCACUGCCACCAAAAGUCGGACCUGUUACUCAUGCUGAACAAAUACCUCGCGAACCUGUUUCGGGCGAAGCACGCGACCAUCAUACUGCUCUAUUACGACCACAUGGCAAGGUUGGAGAGAGACGAAUCAGUAUGAAACGGAAGCUUCUUGUUUGUGUUUUCCAUCGCGCUAGAAGCGCGCCCAUCUCGGAUGCAGCUUUUUGUCAUGAAAUGCUAUGCAAGAUGCAUAAAAUACAUUCUUAGUCAGCGUUUUUUCCACGAAGUAUGUAGAUGGAAUUUUGUUCCCUUGUGUUGAAUCUAUUUCCUAAAUAAAAUCGCAAAACUGGUGAGCACGACAACAUCCGAAAAUGGGCAGCACUAGCGCUUCCUUUCCGUUGGAUACUGUGGCGACAUGGUGGAGAAAGUGUGCCUGGACAAAACAGCAGGUGAAUAUGCUUGUCCUACGUUUCAAUUUGAGCUAGAAUCUGGUAGAAUUUAGUCGUAAUACCACUGUGAUGCUCGCCGUAAUUGCUCGCGCGUAGCGCUACCUCCGGUAUGACUUACGGAGUGUCCUAGAGUGACGGUGCUUGGGCGCACUUAAAACGCCGGGCUACCUCCCCAGAGCUGAGCAGCAAACGCUUGGCCCAUUCGAUCUGUCAAGAUGGGUGAGGGUUGCAGACAGGAGGAAGUAUGGUGUACUUGUAGCUGUAAAGGAGAAUCCGAUGAACGAAUCUCACCUGAAAGAAGAAGAAAAAUCAGCCGGAUAAAAAUAAAAUUUUGGAAAUUCGCGGAUUUCGAAAUGCGUUAAAAAUAAAAUUUUAAAAUUCCGCGGAUUUCGCGAAUUUUGAAAAUUUUCUGUGAAAUGUGACGAGUCGGUCUUGGGGGAGAAGAUGUAUUGGUGUUUAAGCAUCUUCCAGUAUGAAAUACCAUGAAGAAUUGAGGGUCGACAGGGAAUAAAAAUGAAAUUUUAAAAUUUGUUUGUGAAAUUUUCAGAAAUUACAAGCUGGGAGGCCUGAUUAGACACGAAAUAUAGGCAAAAAAAAAGUGACGACAUGCCUGAAAAGACGCGUCGGCCGCCACAUCGCUUCAGAUCAAACAAAUUUUAACACUCAAUAAAAAUAAAAUUUUCGAUUUUCGCGGUUUUUCCAAGUUUUCAUGGGUUGUGAGCGUGAAAGAGGUAUUGCAGAGCGUCUCCUCCGUCGCUUUCGGUGCUUCUAGCAGCUCGCAGCGAUGUCUUCUUUACCUGUACAAGCUCCACACUAAGUUAAAUUUGAAGACUUUGCAUGUUUUGCCCUUCGAUAAAAAUAAAAUUUCGAAAUUUCGCGGAUCGCUCAGAUUUCUAAGGUUGAUCCAGCGCUUUCCGACCGCCGGGGGUCCAAAAGUCGUCAGGCAUGUGGUAAAGUGGAUGACGGCAUCGGGGGAAGGCGCUGCUAAUUCGCCAAAGUCGCGACUUUGGUCCCGGCCUUCCGCUAGCUCAAAAUCGUAAGGUAUCAAAGUGCAGUAUGACAUGGGGGGAAGCGUGCCUUAAUCAUGGAGUUUGCAACUGUUGUGUCCGGGUGAAACCCGGGCACACAUAGCCCAAAAUCGUGAGGGGGUAAAUGGGGUAUUCCCAUCGGGGAAAGGCGUUGCUAAUCGCCAAAUUUGCGUUUUUUGUCCUGGCCGCGGGUGGUCCAAAAGUCGUGAGGUGGCAAAGUGGAUGACAGCAUCGGGGGAAGGCGUUGCUAAUCGCCAAAUUCGCGACUUUGGUCCUGGCCUAGUGAUGGCUCAAAAUCGUAAGGUAUCAAAGUGCAGCAUGCCAUGGGGGGAAGCGGUUCUUAAUCAUGAAGUUUGCAACUUCUGUGGCCGGGUGACGACACCCGGGCACACAUAGCCCAAAAUCGUGAGGGGGGUAAAUGGGGUAUACCCAUUGGGAAAAGGCGUUGCUAAUCGCCAAAUUUGCGUUUUUUGUCCCGGCCGCGGGAGGUCCAAAAAUCGUAAGGUGGCAAAGUGGAUGACAGCAUCGGGGGAACAAGGCGCUGCUAAUUCGCCAAAGUCGCGACUUUGGUCCCGGCCUUCCGCUAGCUCAAAAUCGUAAGGUAUCAAAGUCCAGUAUGACAUGGGGGGAAGCGUGUGUUAAUCAUGGGGUUUGCAACUGUUGUGUCCGGGUGAAACCCGGUCCCGGGCACACAUAGCCCAAAAUCGUGAGGGGGGUAAAUGGGGUAUCUCCAUCGGGGAAAGGCGUUGCUAAUCGCCAAAUUUGCGUUUUUUGUCCCGGCCGCGGGUGGUCCAAAAGUCGUAAGGUGGCAAAGUGGAUGACAGCAUCGGGGGAAGGCGUUGCUAAUCGCCAAAUUCGCGACUUUGGUCCUGGCCUAGUGAUGGCUCAAAAUCGUAAGGUAUCAAAGUGCAGCAUGCCAUGGGGGGAAGCGGUUCUUAAUCAUGAAGUUUGCAACUUCUGUGGCCGGGUGACGACACCCGGGCACACAUAGCCCAAAAUCGUGAGGGGGGUAAAUGGGGUAUACCCAUCGGGAAAAGGCGUUGCUAAUCGCCAAAUUUGCGUUUUUUGUCCCGGCCGCGGGAGGUCCAAAAAUCGUAAGGUGGCAAAGUGGAUGACAGCAUCGGGGGAAAGCGCUGCUGAUCGCCAAAUUCGCGAUUUUGGUCCUGGCCUACUGAUGGCUCAAAGUCGUAAGGUGUCAAAGUAGAGUACAACUUCGAGGAAGAGCAGAAAUUGGCAAUGUCUGGCCACCCGGGGGUCGUACACACCUGCGCCGAGUCGGCCGCCGCCUUCGCCAAGGACUGGCAAAGUGGGGGCCACCGCAGGCGGCCGGGCUAUUUGUAGUAUUCUGGGUUCUUGCACCGCUUGCGCUUGUCCAUUCGCACCCUCGCUUCGGAAAGACUGGUGGUCGAAAACCGCCGGGUGGCAAAGCGGCUGACGCCAGGACGCAAAAAUCUCGCUGAUCAUUUAUAUUUCGGCGCAUUUAUUUCAAUUUCUGCGAAUAAGGCUUCAUCCUCCUGUCCUGCUCUUGACAAGUACUUAGAAGCAGUGUAGAUACCUCCACAAUCCACUACCUCUGAUCGGUUCAGGUAUGGCCGGCCUGUGUGUGCAGCAGCGCACCAGCCUCCACUGCGGGAACAUUAAGGAGGACCCGCGCUAUCGACCAGAUCUGAUCGACCUCAACGUCGGCGAGCUGAAGGACGAUUCUGACAAGCACGGCACCACCGUGGCGCUGCACAGCUGGCCCCUGUACCGAGGGAGACUGCUCUCUGCGGUGGUGCAGUGGAGCUGCGAGCAGAGGUCACGGGUCGACUUCGGGGACGAUGGCAGCUUCAACGAUCAGUCCAACCGACACGCAGACUUACUGCACAAAAUGCUCAUCUUGAUACAGGUACUCUUCUAGAACUUCUAGAUGUUUCAUCACGCUUAGUUUAAGUAUUCAGGAUUCGCAUUCGAAAUAAGAAUAACCGUCACCGCCCGGGUGUGUAGCGGAUAGCGUAGAGCAUCACAACCAAGUAUUUUCUCAUUCGCUCGAAAUAAAAUUCAAUUAUCAGGUCUACCUCGAGCUGUGGUAUCCGACCCUCGAGCGUUUGCAGAGUGGCAUCCAGAAACGGGCAAAGCGAGGCUUAAAGUUAGCCAAGAUCAUGAAUAUUGCGAAGGGCACGCAGGCGAAGAACAAUUCCCUCCUGGCUGCGCUGGGAAACAAGAAGAAAACGGCGUCGUUUGUCAAGGAGUGAAUGUGAAAGAAAGUGCUGGUGCUAGUGGGCGCAAGCUUGACAACGUCAACGUGACAGGAAUGGCGCCGCUGUGCAUCAUCCAGCUUCACAAAUUUCAUACUCCUUUUUCUUUCUAUAUCAACUUUAUCAACAGUAAUGCAAAACUCUAUCUUUACGUAAUUGCAACUUUAUCAAAUGAAAUUAACAAAGCUUAAGGUCGGCGGUCGAUCUGAUCGAUGAGAUGACGAAGAGCUAUCAGGAACCAGAAGUGAUAUCCCAAAAUGUAACUCAAUGAGCCUGUAAAAAGAACUGAACACAACUGUACAAAAAGCUACUUAAACCUUUUCAUGCCCUACGUCCUCAGAAUGCAAGUCCUACAGUCCGCAAGGGUAAAGCUUUACACCCGCCGCGUGAUACGAAAAACCUGAGUAAUAGGUACACUGAGCUGUAUUCAGAUUACCGCGAAGGCAAAAAUGAAAAUCUUUUUCCUUUCAAAUGCAACCCUCAUUUGCAAAAAUCCUGUUUGAUGCAGAACCAGUGAUGGCUGGUGCUCGCGAAAGUAGUAAGUUACUUGCGGUUCAUCGACGGUGCCCGCGGCUCUGAUGAGUGUCUUUACAGAAAUGAACCGUCAAGUACAGCAAGCCCAUCAAGAGUGCUCUGAGAUAAAGAUGGCUUGCUGAGAAAGCUCUACAAAAAAAGCUUCACCUUAUGCAGCAACCUGGAUGAAAAGGAAGAAAUUAA